UGCUCCUAAACUCGAAGGGGCAAUUUCGCCGAACAUGAAAGUUAAAGUGGCAAGCAAGUCAGAGAAUCAAAGGAAACUAAGGGCGAUUAUCUCCUAAACAGAACUCCGCUGCCUCAAAAGUUACAGCCCUUUUAGAACAACAAAGAGAGACCUGGAUGCCUCUGCUUCUCCAUCUGAUCCAAAGCUAGCGACUUUUCUGUUUCCUGGGAAAAUUUUGGAUCGCAGGAAGUAAAAUCCGAGAUGGGUUUGACUGAAUACUUGAGGUCAAUCGAUUGGGAGCAAGAAGCGUACCCAGCAUAUGAAGAUUUCACAAUUCUUCUUUUGUUUAUCCUCUACUUCCCAACUGUCCGAUUUUUUCUGGAUAAAUUCGUCUUUGAGAGAUUGGGGAGACGGUUAAUUUUUGGAAAGGGGCAUCAGAAGCUGGAUUUACAAUCUGAAGAACAAAGGAAGAAGAUUAGAAAAUUCAAGGAGUCAGCAUGGAAGUUCACAUAUUUUCUUUCAGCAGAGCUUCUAGUCCUUUCUGUAACUUAUGAUGAGCCUUGGUUUACUAAUACAAAAUACUUUUGGGUAGGGCCAGGAGACCAGGUCUGGCCUGACCAGAAAAUGAAGUUGAGAUUGAAGGGAGUGUAUAUGUAUGCUGCUGGAUUUUACACAUACUCCAUAUUUGCUUUGAUUUUCUGGGAAACAAGGCGUACAGAUUUUGGGGUGUCCAUGGGCCAUCAUGUAGCAACAGUCAUUCUCAUUCUGCUGUCUCACAUUUUCAGGUUUGCCCGCGUAGGUUCAAUUGUUUUAGCUCUUCAUGAUGCUAGUGAUGUGUUUCUGGAGGUCGGGAAGAUGUCCAAAUACAGUGGUGCUGAAAGGACUGCUAGCUUUUCAUUUAUUCUUUUUGUAUUGUCUUGGAUCAUACUGCGUCUCAUUUAUUAUCCAUUCUGGAUCCUUCGGAGUACAAGCUACGAAGUUAUCCUGGCAUUGGACAAGAACAAGCAUUCUAUAGAAGGACCAAUAUAUUACUAUGUGUUCAAUACUCUUCUGUACUGCUUACUUGUUUUUCACAUUUUCUGGUGGGUGUUGAUUUAUCGGAUGCUUGUUAAACAAAUCCAAGCAAGAGGGCAGCUUAGUGAUGAUGUGCGAUCAGAUUCUGAAGGUGAAGACGACCAUGAAGAUUGACCAGGAAACACAAUUUACAGACACAAUGUCACCCUCAGGCAAAGGUGCUCCACAAUAUUAGGGAAGCCAUUGGGAUUCCCCGAGAAAGAACCCACAUUUUCAUAUUGCAUUCAUGUAGAAUUAAUUUGAGGCUGCUGUUUUAAAAUUUUAGUAGGAUAUGUCAUACACAAAAAGAAAUGGGACACCUAAAGUGAUGUCCUCAGAUGCUAAGUAUGUUUUUUAACUUUGCUAGUUAGAGUGAGGAAUGCUGUUUCAUGUGAUUUGUCCUGCAGAUGAGGAACGUCUUACGUUUACACAUUUGAUGUACUCUUUCGAUGGUGAAAAAGAUUUUGGUCAAAGAAGUGCAUCAUGACAGAAAAAAUUGUAUGUUAACUGAGAUUAGAUAUGGAAGCUGUGCAGGUUGAAGGAAUAGAAUGGCAAAGGGAAAGAAGUUUAACUAUUGACUGAGCUUUUAGCCCUUUUGCUGCCUUAAAUUUGAGUCUGGUGAAAUGAUUAAUGUAUUGCAAGGAAUUUGAUAUGUGAUUGGAAUUGGUUUUAACUGUACAGCUUUUCAAGUCAGCUGUAAGGUCUUGUGAAUGCAAUGGAUCAUUUAUUUUCUUAA